CUCGUCCACCAGUCACUCCCAGAAAGUGUGUUUGUUUCAGAAGAGAGAAAGAAGAAAGUGAGAGAGGGAGGAAUGGGGGGAGAGUGAGCGGGGGAGGAGAGAAGGAAUUCAACACCUGGAGGAAAGGUGUGAGACAUGGCGUCCGUUAACAAGAAUGGGAGCCGAUCUCGUUUGCAAAGCAGGAAGCCGCCGCACCUCUCUAUCACUAUCCCACCUGCCGAGGGGGAGAGGGACCCCAGGACCACCCAGCCACUGACAAGGCCGCUGUACCAGAAGAGUGUCAGCCUGCAGGAGCCUCGUGGGCACAGGACGGAGGGGACACCCAGCGGCGAAAGGCCAGGCUUCAGACGACAGACGUCCUUGUCACAGAGUAUAAGAAAGGGCACAGCCCAGUGGUUCGGUGUGAGCAAUGACUGGGAGGGGAAGCGCCAGCAGUGGCAAAGAAAAAGUCUGCACCACUGCAGCCAGCGCUAUGGCAAACUUAAGCCCCAAUACCAGCGUGACAUGGAGCUACCGAGCCAAGAGACACCGUCCUUCCAAGCUACAGAGUCCCCUGCAACAUGCCGGAUGCCCAAGAUUGUGGAUCCAUUGGCACGAGGUCGAGCAUUCAGACAUCCUGAUGAUGUGGACAGGCCCCGGACCCCCCAUGUGUAUUUGGGCAACCUGACUCCUGGAGUGGCUUCUCUAACAUCCUUUACCAGCGUGCGCUCAGGGUACAGUAGAUUUCCAAGGCGUAAGAGGGAGAGUGUGGCACACAUGAGCUUCCGGGCUGCAGCUGCCAUAAUAAAAGGUCGCUCUAUUCUGGACACCCCUCAAGGCCGACGGUGGGGGCAGAAGAAAAGCUUUGCCUACCCCAGUUUCAUGGACGAAGACACUGUGGAUGCCCCAGACACCCUGGACUCGUCCUUCUUCAGUAAGGUGGAAAUGCACGAUGAGACCUUCUCCAUGCCCGAUGAUGUCUUUGAGUCGCCUCCACUCUCUGCCACCUAUUUUCAUCCUACCCCACAAACCCCAGACAAAAGAUCUGACAUUGCUGCGUCUGCUAUGAUAGAACCAGGGAAGCCUCCUGUGCCCCCGCCUGGUACGUGCCGUAGAGGUCGUCGCAUUGCCUCUCAAGUAAAGCAUUUUGCCUUUGACCGCAAGAAGCGUCUGUACGGACUGGGAGUAGUUGGUAACUGGCUGAACAGAACGUACAGAAGAAGCAUCAGCAGCACCGUGCAGAGCCAGCUGGAGCACAUAGACAGCCACAGGCCUUACUUCACUUACUGGAUCACUUUUGUCCAUCUCCUCAUCACCAUCCUGUCCAUCUGUACAUAUGGCAUCGCCCCCAUUGGUUUUGCUCAGCAUACCACAACAGAGCUGGUCCUGAGAAACAAAGGUGUCUAUGAGAGUGUGAAGUAUAUUCAGCAGGAGAACUUUUGGAUUGGGCCUGGCUCAAUUUCACUCAUUCAUCUUGGUGCAAAGUUCUCUCCCUGCAUCCGUCGAGAUGUCCAGAUUGAGCGCUUGAUACAAAAGGAACGUGACAGGGAGCGAGGAUCUGGCUGCUGCGUACAGAAUGACAACUCUGGCUGUGUGCAAACCCUGCAGCAGGACUGCUCGGAAACAUUGGCUACCUUCGUUAAGUGGCCAGAUAAUAAUGCCCCGCUCCACAAAGACACCAAUCUGAAGAGGGCAUCAGGAGCUGUUUGCCAUCAGGACCCACGGAUAUGUGAAGAGCCUGCUUCUGUACAACCGCACGUCUGGGCAGACGACAUCACCAAGUGGCCAAUUUGCACUUCACAAAUGAAGAGCAACCAUACCGGGUUCAUGCACAUAGACUGUGAAAUAAAGGGGCGGCCGUGCUGCAUUGGCACUAAGGGCAGCUGUGAAAUCACUACACGGGAAUACUGCACUUUCAUGCACGGAUACUUCCAUGAGGAAGCAACACUCUGCUCUCAGGUACACUGUCUGGAUGAGGUCUGUGGUUUGCUGCCAUUUCUAAACCCUGAAAUCCCUGACCAGUUUUAUCGCCUGUGGCUUUCCCUGUUUCUUCAUGCUGGAAUCAUACACUGCCUGGUGUCUGUGACCUUUCAGAUGACCGUGCUGCGUGACCUGGAGAAGCUAGCGGGCUGGCUACGGAUCUCCAUCAUCUACGUACUAAGUGGCAUCACUGGCAAUCUCGCCAGCGCCCUGUUCCUGCCCUACAGGGCUGAGGUUGGUCCAGCAGGCUCCCAGUUUGGGCUUUUGGCAUGCCUCUUCGUGGAACUGUUUCAAAGCUGGCAGAUCUUGGCCAAACCAUGGAAGGCCUUCUUCAAGCUCCUGGGCAUCGUACUGUUUCUUUUCCUUUUUGGCCUCCUCCCUUGGAUUGACAACAUCGCCCAUAUUUUUGGUUUCAUUAGCGGCCUCCUCCUCUCAUUUGCAUUCCUCCCAUACAUCACUUUUGGGAAUGUUGACAAAUACCGCAAGCGUGGCAUGAUUAUUGUGUCUUUGAUGGUCUUCUUGGGUCUUUUUACCUCCCUGGUGAUCUGGCUGUACAUUUAUCCCAUAAACUGGGCUUGGAUGGAGUAUCUCACCUGCAUACCAUUCACCAAUAAGUUUUGUGAGAAAUAUGAUAUAGAUCAGGUACUACACUGAGAACUUUAUUUAAAGAGAAGAGUAUAGAUGUCACAUUUAAUGUCCUGGAGAGUAGAGAAGAAAGGAAAUCUCUACGAAGUCCAUGUCAUCACCUAACUUUGAGUUCAUGGAGUAAAAAGAAAGUACUUGGCCUCAAUUUCUUAUGGGCAUUUAUUUAUGCAGGAGGUUGAAAGCCAAUUUGUAAGGCAAUUUAAAGCUUCAGGCUGGACUGUGGAUAAAGUUUAUUCAAACUCAGAGAUAAAAGCUCUUUUAAGGACUAUGAAAUGUGGGCUUUUCUGAAAAGUUGCUCAUAUAUGUGCAAUAUAAAUAGAAGCUGGGGAUACCUUUAUGUAUUUAAUAUAAACCGAGCUUGUCUCUAACCAGCAAAGGAAAAAAUAGUGGAUAAUAAUCUGCAUUUGGCAGGUCCCGAAUCCUCAGUGGAGAGGUCUAGCUUGUCUGUCAGGUAGUGGGUCAUUACCUGUAAUAUUAGUUUACAAAACUCAUGGUCUCUGGGAUACUAAACACUAUGUAGUACACCAAACAUAUCUGCUUUUAGGGUCAUAUACCUCUUUGCAGACAAUAUAUAUACCUCUCACUAGAUGUGCUACCCAUACUAAUACAUACCCUACUAAUACAGCCACUGGGAUAUGCACCUCCCCUCUACACGGGCAAUCAGAAUCAUGUACCUCUGCCCUCUUCCUCCUUAUACAGGCAAUCAGAAUCAUGUACCUCUGCCCCUCCUCCUUAUACAGACAAUCAAUCAGACUCAUAUACCUCUGCCCUCCCCUCCUUAUACAGGCAAUCAGAAUCAAGUACCUCUGCCCCUCCUCCUUAUACAGGCAAUCAGAAUCCUGUACCUCUGUCCUCCCCUCCUUAUACAGGCAAUCAGAAUCCUGUACCUCUGCCCCUCCUCCUUAUACAGACAAUCAGAAUCAUGUACCUCUGCCCUCCUCUCCUUAUACAGGCAAUCAGAAUCAUAUACCUCUGCCCUCCUCCUUAUACAGGCAAUCAGAAUCAUGUACCUCUGCCCCUCCUCCUUAUACAGGCAAUCAGAAUCAUAUACCUCUGCCCCUCCUCCUUAUACAGGCAAUCAGAAUCAUGUACCUCUGCCCUCUUCCUCCUUAUACAGGCAAUCAGAAUCAUGUACCUCUGCCCUCCCCUCCUUAUACAGGCAAUCAGAAUCAUGUACCUCUGCCCCUCCUCCUUAUACAGGCAAUCAGACUCAUAUACCUCUGCCCUCCCCUCCUUAUACAGGCAAUCAGAAUCAUACCUCUGCCCUCCCCUCCUUAUACAGACAAUCAGACUCAUACCUCUGCCCUCUUCCUCCUUUAUACAGGCAAUCAGAAUCAUGUACCUCUGCCCCUCCUCCUUAUACGGGCAAUCAGAAUCAUGUACCUCUGCCCCUCUUCCUUAUACAGGCAAUCAGAAUCAUGUACCUCUGCCCCUCCUCCUUAUACAGGCAAUCAGAAUCAUGUACCUCUGCACCUCCUCCUUAUACAGGCAAUCAGAAUCAUGUACCUCUGCCCUCCCCUCCUUAUACAGGCAAUCAGAAUCAUAUACCUCUGCCCCUCCUCCUUAUACAGACAAUCAGAAUCAUGUACCUCUGCCUUCCCUCCUCCUUAUACAGGCAAUCAGAAUCAUGUACCUCUGCCUUCCCUCCUUAUACAGGUAAUCAGAAUCAUGUACCUCUGCCCUCCCCUCCUUAUACAGGCAAUCAGAAUCAUGUACCUCUGCCCUCCCUCCUUAUACAGGCAAUCAGAAUCAUAUACCUCUGCCCCUCCCUCCUUAUGCAGGCAAUCAGAAUCAUGUACCUCUACCCUCCCCUCCUUAUACAGGCAAUCAGAAUCAUGUACCUCUGCCCCUCCUCCUUAUACAGGCAAUCAGAAUCAUGUACCUCUGCCCCUCCUCUUUAUACAGGCAAUCAGAAUCAUGUACCUCUGCCCCUCCUCCUUAUACAGACAAUCAGACUCAUAUACCUCUGCCCCUCCCCAUACAGGCAAUCAGAAUCAUGUACCUCUGCCCCUCCUCCUUAUACAGACAAUCAGACUCAUGUACCUCUGCCCUCUUCCUCCUUAUACAGACAAUCAGAAUCAUGUACCUCUGCCCUCUUCCUCCUUAUACAGACAAUCAGAAUCAUGUACCUCUGCCCCUCCUCCUUAUACAGGUAAUCAGUAUCAUGUACCUCUGCCCCUCUUCCUCCUUAUACAGACAAUCAGAAUCAUGUACCUCUGCCCUCUUCCUCCUUAUACAGACAAUCAGAAUCAUGUACCUCUGCCCCUCCUCCUUAUACAGGCAAUCAGAAUCAUGUACCUCUGCCUUCCCUCCUUAUACAGGCAAUCAGUCAGACUCAUAUACCUCUGCCCUCCUCCUUAUACAGGCAAUCAGAAUCAUGUACCUCUGCCCCUCCUCCUUAUACAGGCAAUCAGAAUCAUGUACCUCUGCCCCUCCUCCUUAUACAGGCAAUCAGAAUCAUGUACCUCUGCCCCUCCUCCUUAUACAGGCAAUCAGAAUCAUGUACCUCUGCCCCUCCUCCUUAUACAGGCAAUCAGAAUCAUGUUCCUCUGCCCCUCCUCCUUAUACAGACAAUCAGAAUCGUAUACCUCUGCCCCUCCUCCUUAUACAGGCAAUCAGAAUCAUGUACCUCUGCCCCUCCUCCUUAUACAGGCAAUCAGAAUCAUGUACCUCUGUCCUCCCCUCCUUAUACAGGCAAUCAGAAUCAUGUACCUCUGUCCUCCCCUCCUUAUACAGGCAAUCAGAAUCAUGUACCUCUGUCCUCCCCUCCUUAUACAGGCAAUCAGAAUCAUGUACCUCUGUCCUCCCCUCCUUAUACAGGCAAUCAGAAUCAUAUACCUCUGCCCUCCUCCUUAUACAGGCAAUCAGAAUCAUGUACCUCUGUCCUCCCCUCCUUAUACAGGCAAUCAGAAUCAUGUACCUUUUCCCUACUCUCCUUAUAGAGGGAACCAGAUUGCUGAACAUAUUUUCUCUCCUGUCCUUCUUUUAGAGGCAACUAGAAAUUGUCUCUACCCACCCAUCCUACUUACUGAGUCAGUCAGGAUAAUCUAUCUCUAUAUUCACCUUCUCCUUAUAGACAAUCAGGCUAUACCAUUUAAUUCUCAUAUUGGGAACACAGAACAUAUACCUCAGGUUGCAUUAUGAGGAGAGGGCAAUCUGUAAUAAAUAUCUCUUCCCUCUAAUACACAUAAUUAGGAACAUGAACCUCUCACUUUAGCAUAAUGCGCAGACGGGUGUUUCCCUGUACUCUCCUAAUGCGCAGGUAGGGGGCGUGUUCCUGUACUCCUAAUGCGCAGAUGGCGGCGUGUUCCUGUACUCCUAAUGCGCAGGUAGGGGGCGUGUCCCUGUACUCCUAAUGCGCAGAUGGCGGCGUGUUCCUGUACUCCUAAUGCGCAGAUGGGGGGGUGUCCCUGUACUCCUAAUGCGCAGAUGGGGGUGUCGCUGUAAGCUCCUAAUGCGCAGAUGGGGGCGUGUCCCUGUACUCUCCGCAGGCGCGGGCGUGUCCCUGUACUCUCCUAAUGCACAGAGAGGGCGUGUCCCUGUACUCUCCUAAUGCACAGAGAGGGCGUGUCUCUGUACUCUCCUAAUGCGCAGGCAGGGCGUGUCCCUGUACUCUCCUAAUGCGCAGACAAUCUUCCUUUAAUAGGAUAAUAAGGGACCAAAUGAGACACAGUGCACUCAUCUCAGAUGGAUUUGUUAUAUUAUUAAGAAUUUAAUAUUUUUAAUUGUCAAACUGCAGCAGGAGAAUCAUUUCAUAUUAAAAUUACAUUUGUCUUUUCUCAAAGGAUCUGCCUGCAGUUUGUCCUGGGGGCCACUGGGAGUGAACGUGGGUAUUUUGUAUGAGCGACACUGUUCACGUAGGCAAAGGUGUCACAUGAUAUAUGCAAAGGAAUUCAUAUUGACACAAGCUUUUUGCAAGCAGUUUUGUAUUUAAUUUAUUUAAAGCAAGUCUCUAGAUUUCACUCUCCAGCAAAUGUCCUUCUCCCCUCAUCUCCUGGAGGGUGGGAAGGGAAGGAGAGAUACUAUUUGUAUGAUGCACGAUGGACAUUUGUUUUGUUUUUCUAAAACUGUGUAGAUCCAGGAGACCGGAACUGAUUGUGAAAUAAAAAACAUUGACUAACA